AUGGCUUGGAGGCGGGUGCUGAUCUUUUCACUCCUCCAGCUUAUCGUGUUCGUACUCCUGCGACUCAUCUACAAUGUUUCACCUUUUCACCCACUGGCCAAAUACCCAGGGCCGCUGCUAUGGAGAGCUUCCCGCCUUCCGGCUUCCUGGCACCAGGCAUGUGGCGAUCUGUACAAAUGUAUCGACGCCAUACAUGAUGCCUAUGGGCCGAUAGUCCGCAUCGCGCCCGAUGAGCUUUCCUUCACAAACCCCGAAGCCUGGCCACAGAUCUACAACACUCGACCUCAGCUGCAGAAAACUCGUUUCCACUUCCCGCCGGCUGAUGAGCGCAAGAUGCCCGAGAGCAUGAUCAUGGCCAGCGACGCUGAGCACACCCGAUUGCGGCGCCUCGCAAACCCUGCGUUCCUGAACUCGGGUGUCCUAGAAGUCGAGCCCGUGAUGCAGCACUACGUCGACUUACUCUGCACGCAGCUAGCCCAGGUGUGCAAAGAAAAGGGCCCCCAAAACAUGGUCGAAUGGUUCCUGUGGACACUCAACGACGUGAUCGGCCAACUGGCGCUGGAUCAGGAGUUCGAUUGCCUGAAGAACCGGCGCAUGCAUCCCUGGCCGAGUUUUCUCUUACAGGGCCUCAAAAAUGCUACAAUCUUUAACCAGUUUCGCCGUUUCGGUAUCACCCAGGGGAUGCUAAUGCCGUUACUGACAAAGAAGCAGCUAGAAGAGAGGGACAAUUUCUUCAACGCGGCAACCACGGCGAUUGAACAGCGGCUUGAUCGCGACGAGCAACAAAACACGGAUGGUAAUAAGGAGAUCCAAGCGAAGAAGAGACCCGAUAUCGUGGGCUUGAUGAUGCGCGAGAUGAAGGACGGCAACCGCCUUACUCACGAGGAGGUCACCGCGAAUUCCGUGCUCAUUGUUGGCGGAGGCGCCGAGACGACGAGCACAUGCUUGAGUGCGACGUUCUAUCACCUCUGCAAGACGCCGCGCGUUAUGAAGAAGCUCCAACACGAGAUUCGACGGAGCUUCGCGAGCAGUCGGGAGAUCACCAUCAGAGCAACCUCGAACCUACCCUACCUGAAGGCGACCGUUGACGAGUCGCUGAGGAUCUUCCCCGUCGCUAGCUACAUCACGCCCCGGACCACGCCGAAGGGAGGACAUCUGAUCGCCGGCGAAGUCGUUCCGGGAGGAACCUACGUCUCAAUGGGCCAAUGGCAUAUGGGUCGGUCGGGGCGAUUCUUCGACAAUCCCAGGGAGUUCCGGCCAGAGAGGUGGCUUGAUGAAAUGGGAGACAAGGGACCGUCCGGAUUACAGGCCGAUGAGAUUCUCAAGCCAUUCAGCCUGGGGCCUAGAAACUGUAUUGGCAAACAGGUGGCUCUCACCGAAGCACGGCUCGUCAUAGCCAAGUUGCUCUGGCAUUUUGACAUGGAGCUUGAUGGAGAUCACCCUACAUGGGUCGAAGAGGCCAGGUUCUACGUUCUAUGGAAGCUUCAGCCGCUCAUGAUCAGAUUGACGCCUGUCGAGUGA